CGCUCAAUUCUGAGUCAAGUUGACUUUGAAUACAAUUUUGCCCAAGGUAUUCAGAAUGCACAUUAUACCUUUGGUUCUUCUGUCUCUUGUAUGUGCACAGCCAUCUGUAGCGUGGCGUGUCACAUACUAUGCAACCGAGACAGUCUUACCUCUAGCCUGGGGCGGCAAAACAACAACCAUCACUCCAGUGGUGACGACUGCCCCUCUCACAGUCUCGCCAGUAUCCACCUCGACUGACUAUUCAACCGAUUACGUCCAAGGGAAAGGAAUAGCCAGUGGCAUAAUCAACGUUACGACAGAGUAUUUUAUCUUGCCAAACGUUACUGGUCUCCCUGUCAGCGCCUUCUACCUCUUUGCUCCGCCAAAGGAAUCAAGCACUGCGAGUCCAACCAUCACCACUCGUUAUUACGUCCCAGUCACCCUCAGCAAUCCAACAUCAUGCACCAAAACGACAUUCACAUACACUGAUUCUGUCGGCGUCGUGCUACCCGAUAGUCUGACCGCGCAGGCGACUGAUUCUAGUCUCGCAACGUAUGUCACGACUUAUGUAUCAACCAUCAGUACCAAUUUGGGUGGUCAGGCUGUGACAACAUCACGAUGUGAUGUGUAUCUGAACAGUGAGGCUGUUCCUUCGGCGACGAUUGGGAAUAACGGCUAUAUCACCGAGUGUGUCGAUCCGCGACGAUCUACAUGCAGUGCGGGGGAAAAUCAGAAAGCUACGGGUUCAGGAGGAUGCAACGGGUUAUAUCCACCGACUGGCACUUCGACCCCUGCUUCGACAUCUACUGCUGGUGGGGCCGCGCAACCUACCAAGACAGGCGGAGCUACUGUGACGAGGCGGUCGAUGGCCUCGAUAGGCAUAUGGAGCCUCGUCCUUGGUGUCUGGGUUGGAUUAAGCUAAAAUCUUAUUUCUGUCACUCUCGCGUUCCAUAAAUGUGUAGGUAGUGCUGGAUACAGGCGAAUGACAUCUAAAGUUACUUUAUGGGCAUCCACCCUUCCAUGGUCCGUAUCGGCAUGAUCGGGAUUCCCUGAAUAUGGACCGUCUACCUGCUUCCAGGGCUCAGGUCAAUAUGUACAUUAAAAAUGGAUUUCGGGAAUAUACUUAAUACCGCCC